AUUCACAUCAAUGGCACAUUUUCUGCAAAGAGGCGACAUUCAGGUUGAAGUAUGCCUGGAGUCAUUUGAUUGCACUGAUAGUGAGGGGCAAGACUCUCCAGUGCUUUUAGACACUAGCUCAGGCGAGAUUUGAGCAGAGGACAUGACAGUCAGCAAUGAAAUAUCGGUGAAUAUGAACCAACUUUCUGUAAUAUCGAUCGAUUCCCAGCUUAACCUCUGAACCCAACGCGAAAAUGGACAGCUCAAGAAGUUGUUAGGAAGACUGGACCUCUCUGAUCACUUUACAAUCAAAUAAGCUGACUCUAAAGGACGUAGAGAUCUUUGACUUCAUGAACAAAGAGUUGAGGGAGCAUUUCAGUCUCUCACUUUGCACUAUUCAUCUGGCAUUUACGGUCUAUCUCCAAUUUUUAGAGAAGGUUAGAUGUUCACCUAUUCCAACAGCAAUCAGCUGCUUGCUGUGAGCGGCUAAAUUUAACGAGUCACAGUAUAAUGUGCCUUACAUCGAGGAAAUAAUUAAAUUUGUACCUCGAGAAGACAAAGUCAGUCAAAAUAUUAUAGAGAGACAAGAGAUUAUGGUCUUAAUCGAGAAUGACUGGAACUUACUACAAACAACUCUUUGGAAAUCCCUUCAGUACCUUAUUGCAAGCAAGAAGGAGCUGGAGAAAUGCCAGCACCUUCUUGAGAGCGAAGUUCACAAAGGAAAAGUCUUCGCAGUUCCUAAGAGGUUUGGCUCACUAGAAGAAAUUUACAAACGCGAGAAUAGCGUUGCUGAUAUUGGUCUUUUAGGUGCAAAAUCUGAGAUUGAAAUUGUGAGGAAAAAGUAUCAUAAGAAGCAGUCCAAGUCGUUCUAUAAUAUUGACGAGAAUUUCAAAUGCUCAAAUGAAGGAACCAAGAAGAGUUCGAACUUUUUAGAAGUGCCUAAGAAGUCAAAGAAGAAGAGAAGAAAGGGAAAUAAGUGUAAAUAAACUAAAGAUGUCUCGCAUUCGUAAGAUUAGCGAAGGUCUUUCAGAUAUCCUAAGGAUUUACGAAUCCACAGAUUCUGAAAAUACAAAAUCCAACAUCUCUAAUACAGAGGGAUCUACUUUCAAUGACAGUAUCUCUACAAUCUCAGACAAUUGCAGAUCAGUUUCCCAAACCGGACACUUAAUGCAGUCUGAGAGAGACCUCACGGACGGGUUGCCUAACGAGUCUUCCGAAGAAGUAAUCGAAAUCAUCCAGCUUCCCAGAUCAUAGCCCUAUCUACCCUAUUUAAC